UCUGUGUUAUUAACGUCAUUUUGAGCAGGUAUAUGGCAGGUAUUUUGAUUAUUUUGACAUAUUUAGUAAUUUAGUUUACCUACCUUGCGGAAUAUUGUAAACAUUCCUUUGAUACAUCUCCAUAUCGUAAUCAGUAUUUGUUUAGACAUUAUAUGUUGGCGUGCUUGUAAGCCCGAUAAAGUGUGGAAUAAAUCGCUAUUAAAAAGAUACUCAAAGGAACUAAUGACACUUAUUUUUAUAAAGUCAAAUACUGCUAUAAAUUAGAAUGUCGCUUGUUAAUAAAUUGUAUUCGGGUGCUAACCAUUACCGAUUGACGACGUCGUUUAAUAAUUGUCGAAGAUAUAGUGUACAAAAAAAGCAUUUCGAUAUUGUUGUGAUUGGUGGAGGUAUAGUGGGUUCUGCAUCAGCGAGACAAUUAUUAAUAAAACAUCCCACUUUAAAUAUUGCUCUUGUCGAAAAAGAAAAUCGAUUUGCAUUUCACCAAAGUGGCAAUAACAGUGGAGUAAUACAUGCAGGUAUAUACUAUAAACCUGGGUCAUUGAAAGCAAAAUUAUGUGUCGAAGGCCUCAAUCUUUCAUAUAAAUAUUUUGAUGAAAAAGGUAUUAAAUACUCAAAAUGUGGUAAAUUAAUUGUUGCUACGAAUAGAUCUGAAGUUUCACGUCUCUUAGACUUAUAUGAACGUGGAGUAAAGAAUGGAGUAAAAGAUAUAUCUUUAUUGGAUUCAAAAGAAAUUAAAGCAUUAGAACCACAUUGUAGUGGAGUGCAAGCAUUGUGGUCUCCACAUACAGGUAUUGUAGAUUGGGGAGAAGUGACAAAUUCAUAUGUGCAUGAUUUUGUUAGCAUGGGUGGACAAACCUAUUUAAAUUUUGAAGUGAAUAGGUUUUCAGAAAGUGAAAAUUCUGAAUAUCCUGUAACAAUAACAGAUACCAAAGAAAAUUCUAUACAAGCUAAGUAUGUAUUGACUUGUUGUGGCUUACAAUCAGACACAGUUGCCAUGUUAACUGGAUGUCCAGAAGAGCCGAAAAUUAUCCCAUUCAGAGGUGAAUAUUUAUAUUUAGUACCACAGAAAAGUCAACUUGCUAAGGUUAAUAUAUAUCCUGUACCCGAUCCCAGGUUUCCGUUUUUAGGCGUUCAUCUUACACCAAGAAUAGAUGGACGAGUUAUUGUAGGCCCUAAUGCAAUUUUAGCAUUUUGUAAAGAAGGUUAUAAGUGGAGUGAUGUAAACUCAAAGGAAUUGAAAGAAAUUUUAAAUUUUUCUGGCUUCCAAAAGAUGGCUUUAAAAUAUGCUGGUUUUGGUUUAAAAGAAAUGAUGAGGUCAGUGUUUAUGCCAUUACAAGUAAUGCAAGUUCAGAAAUAUAUCCAGGAAAUAACAACAAGUGAUGUAGAAAGAGGACCUGCUGGAGUAAGAGCACAAGCUUUGGGAAAAGACGGCACAUUAAUAGAGGAUUUUGUAUUUGACUCUAAACCUGGAUCGGGAGCUAUUGGCAGCAGAGUAUUGCACUGCAGAAAUGCUCCAUCACCUGGUGCCACAUCUUCUUUGGCAAUUGCCAAAAUGAUAGCUGACAAGAUAAAAGAUGAGUUCAAACUAUGAUAUAUGUGCGGUUUGUUAAUUUUUUUUACCACAAAAACUUGGAAUUAUUAUUUAGGUCAUAAUUUUUGAUCUGGCUGUAUAUAAUUUUAUGGCUUUAUAUGUAUACUAUACAAGUAGUUAUCAAUUUUAUUAUAAAAAAUGUUUUUAAUGAAUAUUUUAUUAGUUCAUAAUGCAACAUUUCGUUUAUUAGAACUAGUCAUAAGUUUAUUAUGCUUUUCUGUUAUAUUGUUUACUGCUUUCAUUAUAUUUUUAUGUUGUUAAUUCUUUUAACACUGUGAUAAAAAUGUUUUCAUAUUUCGUACAAUUUAAUACCACGUUGUAUGUAAUAUAUGAUGUGUAUUAUAAAUUUAAGAGAAAUGUAAUCUUAAUAAAACUUAUUUUAUUACUAA